GAAAAGUCCUGGAAAUGUCCUGGAAGUUUGUUUCUGAAAAAGGGUACGAACCCUGUCUUUCUCUACCAUCUGCCACCACAUGAUCUUUUGGCGGGUGUGGUAUAUUGUCGACAAAUUCUGCAUUUUAAUGGUUAAGUUUUGUAUUUGUUAUAGGCAAGCUGUUCCAUUAUUGAACUUAUGAAAACAGACUUUUGUCUUCUGGAUCAUUUAGCAGCAAUGAGGAACUUCUUUCUUUUGGAGGCUGGUGAUGCAAUGCAUCAGUUUUAUGUUGAAAUAUUUAACAAGGCAAGGCAACGUGAAGUGUGGCAGGACAUUUCAUUCCUUAACAGUUUAAUACAGGAAGCUUUACAACCACGCUUUCCAGAGGCUGUUGAGAGGUUAGUCGUGAGUUUAUCAACGAGUGGUGCAACAAGCCGUAGCCAGCUGGGUCAAUCACUGCAUGGAAUGGCACUAGACUACAGGGCACCCUGGCCAGUUAACAUUGUCAUUGACAGUUCUUGUCAGAAGCUCUACAAUCUUGUGUUCUUGUUCCUGUUAAAACUGAAACAGGCAAAGUGGAGUUUGGAUGAACUUAGAUUUUCAGAUCUUAAAGGUGACAGACGACAGACAAAGAGUGAUGCCAGUGAUGAAGAUGAAACAGAAAGCGAGACUGAAUCAAGUGAUCCAGUUUCAACAUCACCUCCUGAUCAAGAGUUGCUGCACAAGAUGUUUGUGUUCAGGUUCAAGUUGAUGCAGUUUAUUAACAGCAUUCAUAAUCACUUUAUGACAAGAAUAUUACAUUCAACUGUCUUAGAGUUUCAGGAAGCUUUAGACCAGGCAAAGGACCUUGAUGAUCUCAUCAAAGCUCAUUCUUCUUAUGUCCAGAAACUGUAUGAUCGAUGUUUGCUUAGUCAAAAGGUUGGGUAUUUAAGAGAAGUGAUUCUCAAGGUUCUUAAUUUGGUCCUGAUGUUCCAAACAUAUUGGGAUAAUGGAGCCCAACACAUCAAUGAAGAGAAAUUCAAGAAAAUUGAUGAAGAAUUUACCAAAUGUAACACCUUCCUUGUUUCUUGUCUGGAAAAUAUUACCAAAAGAGGAGCAUUUCCACACUUGGAGUCCUUGGCUUUUGCUUUAGCAUCAUCUCCAAGUAUUUCUACAAAGGGUUAACAUGUCAACUGUGGAUGCAUUAUUGGUUAAUUAUCAGGCCAGUCUGACUCAAGGAUUAUUAUCCUCAAGCUCUGCAGAGUCUGUAUUCUGCCAUCUCCAUAGUAAACGUUUUCCAUUUUAAUAAGCAGUUGUCAGUUCCUAAAGAAACAGUUGUGGUGCGUCAGAGACCUAGUAAAACACUAAUUACACAACUUAAAAUUAUGAGAACCAUUCAUUAGCCUUUCAUCAGAGGGCAAAAUAAAUGCUUUGAUGAAAAACGCAUGCAUGAAACUAUAGCCUAAUUUCUACUAGUAUACUAAUGCAAAUGCUGCAAUCUGAUUGGCUGAGCUACUCUUACACUAUCAGCUAUUAGU